CUGAAGGUAUGGGGAAUAAUAUCCCAUUUUCCUACUCACCGUAACAAUUUUAAAUGUUACUGCGAUAGCAAAAGUUACCUAUGGGAAGAUGGCUAAGCGAUUAGAUAAAGGGAAAGAGACGAUAUCAUAAUAAAGUACUGCGGAGGAAUUUUUUUCAUGCUGUGAGACGACGGAGUGAGAAGAGUGAAGGCGACUGAGAGGGGCUCAGGGAAUUGUCCUCUGUGCAAGGGACUUUCUUUAGGCCCCAGGGCCUGCCCGCCCCUAUCGUCAGCAGAGAGAUGGAAACCUUGAUGACUAGCUCCACCCUGCCGCCCCUUUUUGCAGAUGAAGAUGGCUGCAAGGAGAGUAAUGAUCUGGCCACAACUGGGUUAACCCACCCAGAGGUUCCCUACAGUAGCGGAGCCACAUCAUCCACCACCAAUCCAGAAUUUGUGGAGGAUCUCUCUCAAGGUCAGUUGCUUCAGAAUGAGGCUUCAAAUACAGCAGAAGGCACUGAACAGAGGCAUGAAGAUGAGCAAAGAAGUAAACGAGGAGGUUGGUCCAAAGGAAGAAAGAGGAAGAAACCUCUUCGAGACAGCAACGCACCCAAAUCCCCCCUUACAGGGUAUGUUCGAUUCAUGAAUGAGCGUCGAGAACAGCUUCGAGCAAAAAGACCAGAAGUCCCAUUUCCGGAAAUCACAAGAAUGUUAGGCAAUGAAUGGAGUAAACUGCCCCCUGAGGAAAAACAGCGCUACCUUGAUGAAGCAGACAGAGAUAAGGAGCGUUACAUGAAGGAACUGGAGCAGUAUCAGAAGACUGAGGCCUACAAGGUCUUCAGUAGGAAAACCCAAGACCGUCAGAAAGGCAAAUCUCACAGGCAAGAUGCAGCCCGACAGGCCACUCAUGAUCAUGAGAAAGAAACAGAGGUAAAGGAACGGUCCGUUUUUGACAUUCCUAUAUUUACAGAGGAAUUCCUGAACCACAGCAAAGCGCGGGAGGCAGAGCUCCGCCAGCUCCGCAAAUCCAACAUGGAGUUCGAGGAGAGGAAUGCAGCCCUGCAGAAGCACGUGGAGAGCAUGCGCACAGCAGUGGAGAAGCUGGAGGUGGACGUGAUCCAGGAGCGGAGCCGCAACACGGUCUUACAGCAGCACCUGGAGACCCUGCGGCAGGUGCUCACCAGCAGCUUUGCCAGCAUGCCCUUGCCUGGAAGUGGAGAGACACCUACAGUGGACACCAUUGACUCAUACAUGAACAGACUGCACAGUAUUAUUUUAGCUAAUCCCCAAGACAAUGAAAACUUCAUAGCUACAGUUCGAGAAGUUGUGAACAGGCUUGACCGUUAGGGAAUGGUCUUAGAGCUCCAUGAUGUUCUGUAAGUGGUUUUGCUUGUGAGGAAUGAGAAGCCAUCCCUGGAAAUUUGAACUGAGUGGAGGCAGAGAGGGGGUGCAGGUUGCUCUGCGCGGGGAAGAACUGUCAGUUAGGAGCUCAAUGCCUUCACCCCGGGAAGCCUUGUGAGGGAGCAGCCAGAGGAGCGUGGAUGCACUCUUCCUGUGGAACCGGCCUUGCGCAGCUUUGAAAGCGUACAGCCGCCCUCCCGAAUCCUCGGUUUCCUGUCAUCUGCAUUUCUGAUAAAGUGGGUCUGCGGAUGUUCUGCUGACUGGGCAACCCUGACACUGAUACCUCCUGCAGCAGAGGAAGCCCUCUCCUUGUUCCCCUUCAGAUGGGGCCCUUUUAUCUGUGGCUCCUGUUUUCCUACCUAGCUGUCACUUUUUUUUAAUAAUGCCUUUGGGGGUUAUUUUUUAUUUCCUCCACCCCCCGCCAAGUUAUACAUCUCCAUUUUCUAACCUCUGGGCUUUGUUGCUCAGCUGGACUCUGAAGGAGAGUUUCUCUCAUUGGACAGGCCCGGGCUUCUCCCCUCACCGUCCUGCUGUGCCUCCACAGAAGGGAGCUCCUUGUUGACGGUGUCCUGUGGAGGAGGCUGUGUUUCCUGCCCCCCACGGCGCUCAGUGGGUGCCAGCCCUCAUCGAGGCUUUGUGAUCGCUGCCCUGAAGGAGAAUGCUCUGUCCCUCCUCGGUACUGCCUGCUGUUUCCUACGUGUCGCUCCUGCACAUACGCGGUGUCCCAGCCCCAGCAAGGCUCUUCUGUUCCCAUCUGUUGGCAGUGUCUUGUGGAGCGUUUUCACUGAGGAAAAGGUCAUUGGUAAACAGGAGGGAGAGGGUAAAGUCAUUUCUGAUUGGGGCAUUGGAGAAAAAAACAAAUCACACAAAAACCCAAAGUUUAUCAUGAGCAACAACCGAGGGACUCCCUCUCGGCUUCAGGUGCACUGACACUCCAGCGGGGAAGGGUGGGAGUGUUCAAAGUCUUCUCCUGAGCCCACAGACAAGGGCACAGAGGAACUGGUCUUCCCUCCACAGCCACAACUGCAAAAUCUACGUUCAAGGCUUCCCUUCCUUUUCCCCUCUCAGUAAGUGAUUUUUUCUUUUUAACACCAAAAGGGAAGAGAGGUUUUCUGAUUCUCACCUCAGGGUUUCGUUUGGUUUGGUUUGGUUUGGAUGCUCUAGCGCACAAGGCUGACAGUUGCAGCUGAGAUCCUUGGAACCAAAGUGGGCCGUGCUGAGCCCAUUGUCUCGGCACCCUGCCACUGGCGCAGGCGGAAGUAUGUCCCCCUUACAAUCUGCUCAGAAGCCAGGGUGCAAGCCAGGGGCCCCCUGUUGUGUUGAUGCACCAUCCUGUCUUCUCAGCAGCAUCCUACCUGAUUUCUUUAUUAGCCCAAAGGAAAUAAAAUCACAACAAAAGCAGCCUUUCUGCAAAAUGUUAUGUGAGCACACAGUCCAAUUUCCAUGCACUGAAGCCACAUGCAGCCACUUGGCAACUUCCUACAAUAAGAGCCCAUCAUUCCUUGUUGCUAGAAACCUAGCCUGCUUUUCUGUAUUUUCCUGUUUUUCUGCCCUCUCCUGCUGUCCCUGUCACUUCCCUCGGACUCCUCGCCGGCUCAGUCCGAGCGAGAACACCCUGUGUGUGGCAGAAGGACAGCCAAGCCAGUUCUGGAAGUUUGUGUCUGCCUCCUGCCAGACACUCUGUUUCCUUUCUUCUUUCCUCCUGAUACUGUUCUCUUUCUCCUCUGUGUCACCUUUGUUAGCAGUGCUGUUGACCAGGAAAGAUGGCAACUUGGUCCAAAGGUCAUCAUUCUCCCGACUGUAGACGGGACACCUGACAUUGACUUGAAACAUUUGCAUAUUCAGGAAUGCUCCAGAUCUUGGGAGAGGCUACAGUCCAAAACCGUUUUCACAAAAUAAGCAGCCUGCUUUUGAAACCGGGGCUCUCCCAGCAGCGACACACCAGACUGGUGGCUGGGACUCAGCAGCCACAACACUAUCAGACGCUGUUAAGCAGGUGUGUGGUACCCACCCAGGAGGUGGCGAAUGAGGUCACAGCCUAGCGCGGCACCUAAUUCAUGUUUCCCAGUAAACCUGCAGAUAGUCCUGCACACUUACCCGUUCUUCUCAAGAAAUUAGUUGUUGCCCAUUCAGGGUUCCAGAUUUCGUUGUUGUUGUUGUUGUUGUUGUUUCCUUUCAUUAAAACCCAAGGAGCAAGCUGAAGAAAGUAAGACAAAGUGUUUUAUUUCUGACAACAUUAAAUUUUAGGGGAAAAAAUUGUGUACAUGUGUUUGGAACUGUUGAAAUGCCAAGUUUUCUGUACAAGUGUUUUUGUAAUUAAACUUUUAGAUUUUCUUUGUUUUUGAAGAAGUUGAUGUGCUUGCCUGACACUUGCCUCAUUAAAACUUUGCUGUGUGGAAUCCACCUAA